AUGAUGCAACAUUGGUGGUGGCGCGUAAAUGCCCUAAAACGAUAUCGUUUCACUCUAAAACUGCUUUUGAAGAAUCCUCCCUCAAACUUCAGGGACCACUCUGUUUGCACUUUGGAAGGAUGGAAGACAACAGUGAAGCUGAUUAGCGCUGAGGGUUUCGAAUUUGUUGUUGAUAAGGAAGCUGCUAUGGUUUCACAGACCAUACACAACAUGCUUACCUCUCCAGGGAAUUUCGCUGAGAGGCGGCACGGCGAGGUUACCUUCCCUGAGAUCUGCACCACCAUUCUCGAGAAGAUUUGCCAGUAUUUUUAUUGGCAUCUCCAAUUCGCAAGUGGGAAAGAGACAGAGCUUCCUAUUGAAUCUGAAUUAACUUUGGAGCUAAUGGUGGCUGCCAAUUACCUACAUACAUGAGCAUUUCCUAGGGGUAGUAGCUCUCCAUUCUCUGUGCAGAUGGAGCUGUUUCUUGGAAGAGCUUUCAUAAAGAUGUGACCGUAUAAUUUGCUGCCUUUGGAGACUGUAUCUUUGCAGGAACUAUAGUAUGUGUGUAAUAUGUGUAAUAUGUGUAAUCUAAUGGUCAUAGGACUCAACUUGAAAAAGUUGCAUAUGAGUGGCUAUUAGAUGCUUACUGUCGAUGAAGCCAUACACUGUGUACAUGAACUGAUUCAAAGAAAAUGUUAAUUCAAAGUGAGCAUUACUAUCUCCAAAUAAUAGGAAAAAGUGAGCAUUACUAUCAACAAGCACACCAGCUGCCACCACCCAACCAGCCAGCACCCCACCUGCAAGCACUCCAUCUGCAAGCACUCUACUAGCAAGCACUAAUCCACCUAAUUCAAUGCAAGGUGCAACACAGGAAACUAUAUCAAGGCUUGCAAGCAUAAUGAUAUUUGUGUCUCUAAUCUUGAAUUCAAUCCACCCAAAACCAAGAAUUAAUGACUUAGAUUAUUAUGUUUAGGAACAAAUGGUGUCUUUAUUUAUCUGAUUUGGUGAAGUAACUUACUUUGUUGCUUCCUUAAUUAGAAUCCUAGUGUUGGGGAUUUUAGUGUUGGAAACUUAUGAGGUCUAUAUUUUGACAACUCUGAUAUACUUGGUGAUUCUUGUUCUGGCUCUAUAAUGCCAUCU